AUGUCUUUUCCGCUCCCCAUCCGUCUCGCGGCCUCUCGUCACGAGGAGCCGUCCACCACUCCCGAGACUCCACCUACCCACGGCGACGCAGACCUAACAACGGCGCCGCACCCUCUCGCCGCCGCCGCCGAGCAUGGCCUCAUCUCUGUCGUGCCGUCGUCAGAAUUGAAAUUCGAGGCCGCCGCAGGGCCGAGUAAUCAUCAAUUCUGGCUCAAGGAUGCCAAGAUUGCCGAGGAUCUGUUCACCAUACACCGCAGCGCCAAGCAUCUCGUGGAGUUCACUACUUCCAUCAUUGGCAACCAUGACCCCUCCAUAAGUCACCGUCCCAUUCCCGUGAUGAGCGAUGGCGACGUGCUCUUCAUGACGCAGCUGUCCAACGACAUCGCCCGAAGCGUAGGCGGUAUCUCGGCCGUGAGGCAUCAUGGGAUGCGCACCAAGAAGCGCAAAAUCGGCAACGGCAACGGGAACGACCUCCAUUUCGCAAAGGAUUACUCCCACCAUCGCUCGCAUCACCGCCAGUCGCGCGGUGAUACGGCAAAGGAUGAUCGGACGAGUGGCUCCAAACGGAUCCAGAGGCGGAAAUUGAAGGGCGGUUAG